CUAUGCUUUCCCGGAGUGUAUGUGCGAGAAAUUUUAGAUCCGGUGUUUACACUAUUUAUGUACAGUUGGGGGUAGGAUCCCGAUAAAGAUGGCUUCGAAGAAAAUGUUUUCAUCUUUGCCAGGUCUGGCAUGCAUUGGUGCAAGGACAAUCUACACUGCAACAAGGCCAAAUUUGAUGUUGACAAAACAUACAAAGGUUAUUUGUCAGGGAUUUACAGGAAAACAGGGCACCUUUCACAGUCAGCAAGCCAUCGAGUAUGGAACCAAUAUGGUUGGUGGCGUGUCCCCAGGAAAGGGUGGACAUAAACACCUAGGGCUGCCAGUCUUCAACUCUGUAAAAGAGGCCAAGCAAGCAACCAACUGUGAUGCGACUGCUAUCUAUGUGCCACCACCGUUUGCUGCUAAAGCAAUCGAAGAAGCCAUUGAUGCAGAAAUCCCUCUGAUUGUAGUCAUAACUGAAGGUAUUCCGCAGCAGGACAUGGUCCGGGUGAAACACAAGCUGAUCCGGCAAAACAAGUCCCGGAUGCUGGGCCCGAACUGCCCUGGAAUUAUCAAGCCUGGGGAAUGCAAGAUCGGUAUUAUGCCAGGGCAUAUUCAUCAGAAAGGAAAAAUAGGCAUUGUUUCCCGCUCUGGUACACUAACAUACGAAGCCGUUCACCAGACAACCCUAGCUGGACUUGGUCAAACGCUGUGCGUAGGGAUUGGUGGAGACCCCUUCAAUGGCACCAACUUCAUUGACUGUCUAGAGGUGUUCCUGGAAGAUCCACACACAGAGGGCAUUGUCCUGAUUGGGGAGAUUGGAGGCCAGGCUGAAGAGAAAGCAGCAGAAUAUCUGAGAAAUUAUAACAGGGGCCCGAAUGCCAAGCCAGUAAUCUCGUUCAUUGCUGGCGUCACUGCUCCACCUGGGCGCCGUAUGGGCCAUGCGGGCGCCAUCAUUGCGGGAGGCAAGGGUGGCGCUCAGGAGAAGAUUGAAGCAUUGCAGGCAGCCGACGUCCUGGUAACAAUGUCUCCUGCCCAACUUGGAACCACCAUGGUGCAGGCAAUGAACAAGCGAAAAUCAUUCUAGUGAUUGAUUCUGCCGCCCUAUACUGACCAUCUUCUGCUGACUUAGCUGGAACGUUUGAACAAUUGCUUUCAAUCACCAUGCACAUGGUGUAGUGUGCUUUUACUUUAUUUGCAAAUAACAUUCUUUAUCCAUUUUCAUUUUACUUAAAAGAAGUAGUGAAGUGUUUUGUUGUAAUUCAAAUUGUACAGUAUGUUUAAGGUUAACAUUUUAAUGUAUUAAAAAUAUUUAAACCCCCAA